GGGCGGAGCCUCUUGGAGCGGCAGCAGCAGUGAGGAACGGCGGCGUCGAGUCGGCGGACGGACUGCACGGUGACACGGCGUUUCUCUUUUCAUGAUUAAAACACUGACGAGCGAGCGAGACGCGCGCGGACCUCUAGAGACUCGACAGAAUCGCCCAGUCCGUCAUGGAGUCCUAUGACAUCCUAGCUAACCAGCCGGUGGUCAUCGAUAAUGGUUCAGGAGUCAUCAAGGCUGGUUUUGCUGGUGACCAGAUCCCCAAAUACUGUUUCCCUAACUAUGUGGGACGUCCCAAGCAUGUGCGCGUGAUGGCGGGGGCCCUGGAGGGAGACCUCUUCAUCGGACCCAAAGCAGAGGAGCACCGCGGCCUGCUGUCGGUGCGCUACCCCAUGGAGCACGGCAUCGUGAAGGACUGGAACGACAUGGAGAGGAUCUGGCAGUACGUCUACUCCAAGGAGCAGCUGCAGACUUUCUCCGAGGAGCAUCCUGUGCUGCUGACCGAGGCGCCGCUCAACCCCAGCAAGAACAGAGAGAAGGCUGCAGAGAUCUUCUUCGAGACCUUCAACGUUCCCGCCCUCUUCAUCUCCAUGCAGGCCGUGCUUAGCCUGUACGCCACCGGGCGGACCACCGGCGUGGUGCUGGACUCUGGCGACGGCGUCACCCACGUGGUUCCCAUCUACGAAGGCUUCGCCAUCCCUCACUCCAUCAUGCGCGUGGACAUCGCCGGCAGAGACGUGUCGCGCUACCUCCGCCUGCUGCUGCGCAAAGAGGGCUACAACUUCAACACGUCCGCCGAGUUCGAGGUGGUCCGCACCGUCAAAGAGAGAGCCUGCUACCUGUCCCUGAACCCCCAGAAGGACGAGACCCUGGAGACGGAGAAGGCCCAGUACGUCCUGCCGGACGGGAGCACUUUAAACAUCGGACCCGCCAGGUUCCGUGCGCCGGAGCUGCUGUUCCGACCCGACCUGAUUGGAGAGGAGAGCUCGGGGAUCCACGAGGUUCUGGCCUACGCCAUCCAGAAGUCGGACAUGGACCUGCGGCGCACGCUCUUCUCCACCAUCGUGCUGUGCGGCGGCUCCACGCUCAUCAAAGGGUUCGGCGAGCGGUUACUCACCGAGGUGAAGAAGCUGGCCCCUAAAGACGUGAAGAUCAAGAUCUCGGCCCCCCAGGAGCGGCUGUACUCCACGUGGAUCGGCGGCUCCAUCCUGGCGUCUCUGGACACCUUCAAGAAGAUGUGGGUGUCCAAGCGGGAGUACGAUGAGGACAGAGCGCGUGCCAUCCACAGGAAGACCUUCUAAGAGCGGCAGGGGUCCGGCGCCGUGCAGACGCCCCGCCCCCAGACGCCCCCGCCACGCUGCUGGAGGGCCUCGUCUUCAGCCUCUCAGCCGCAUGUUGGUGUGCUGCUUUCCAUGGUGACCCCCCUCCCCCACACACCAUCACAUGCGGUCGGGGGUUCUGGGGGCGUGGACUCCUGAAGCGGGGUCACUGUCAGAACGUUUCCAUUCCAGACCCUGGCUUCACAACGGUUCCUGUUUGUCCGUAGCUUCUCCUGUUUCUGCUCGGAGCCGACGAUGAAGGCCUCACUGUAUUAUCCACCAUCAUCAUCAUUCAUGGGGGCCCGCCCCCGCCAAGCCCCGCCCCACUGCCUUUGAUCUGACUCAUAGAGCGUGUGUAGAAUUCUGUUUUUCGUCUUUGAUUUCAAACUUAAAGAAAAACAAACAAAUCUGUGACAUCAUUUCCUGUCCGGCAGCACAAACAGAAAAUUCUCCAGGGUUUGGCUCCGCCCCCACAGGUAGAAGCUGGGUUGAUUUUUGCAGCGUUUGAGACACAGCCCAUGACCCCCCCUCCAUCUCCCCGUCAGUCUUCUGAUUUCCCAGCAGCAGUGAAGGGGUCAUCCACGCCCGCCUUACCCGGCGCCGGGGCGUCCGCGUCGUCUCCGGGUGUUUUUUAGAGAACCUGAAGCCGGCAGAAGAGCAGAAGGCCUCGUGUACAGUCGGAAACCACGUGACGGAAAAUGUACAAAACUUUCUUCAAGUGUUUGCUUUUACUUUUCGUAAAUUCAGUAUAAUAAAUAAGUUAAUGGCUGCUGCGCCGA